AUGGAUAACAACAGCUUGCAGUGGAUACAAGAUCUUAACGCAUCUCUGCAGAAUGAACUUCAGUCAUGUUCUACACUGAGGAACCAGAUCUCACGGAUUUUUCUGUACACCUUCCUCUCACUUGGAGUAGUGAGCACUGUGGUGGGCAAUUUUCUGGUCGUUUUGUCCAUCGCCUACUUCAAGCAGCUGCAGUCUCCGACAAAUUAUUUCGUCAUGUCCCUUGCAGUGGCUGACUGCCUUGUUGGCCUUUUGGUGAUGCCUUACAGUAUGAUGCGGACAGUGGAGGGAUGCUGGUACUUUGGUGCCUUGUUUUGUAAGCUUCACUCCAGCCUGGAUGUUAUGCUCUGCACUGCUUCCAUAUUCCAUCUCAGCUGCAUUGCUUUUGACCGUUAUUAUGCAGUCUGCAACCCCCUUGUUUAUUCUUUGAAGAUGUCCCCCAAUCGGGUAGCUCUACUGAUUGCAGUAUGCUGGGUUAUUCCCAUGCUCAUCUCCUUUGGCCCCAUAAUGCUAGAUCUUCACACAGCUGAUGUUGGCAUACAGAUUCCUGAAAAUGUGUGCAUGUUCUUGGUGAGUCGGGUUUACGCCAUCAUGGCCUCUUCGGUAGCUUUUUAUUUGCCUAUGGUUGUCAUGCUGGUUGCCUACUGGAAGAUCUUCAAAGCUGCUAAGCGACAGGCCAAGCAGAUCAGUGCGAUGGAAAGCCAGAUGGCUUCUGGGGUCGGCAAAGAUUCCAGCAAGAAAAAAAGACAUCGCAACACUAUGAAGAGGGAAGGAAAGGCAGCCAAAACUUUAGGCAUCAUCAUGGGGGUUUUUAUCAUCUUCUGGAUGCCAUUUUUUACGCUCAACAUUGUGGACCCAUUCACUGACUACAGCACUGAAGUGGUCAUCUGGGAUGUUUUCCUCUGGUUAGGGUACAUCAACUCAUCAUUGAACCCAUUCUUGUAUGGUUUAUUCAACAGUUGCUUUCGUAGGGCUUUCCUCCUGCUCAUUGGCUGCAGGGUAUGCCUGCCUGGAAUCUCCUCUGGGAUGGAGUUAUCACAUUCUAAGAAAGAGACAAAACAAUAGACUGAUCAGCCUUGAAAUAGUUAAUAUAUACACUCGCUUUGUAGUUUUCAAAAGAAAACAAAAGUUUUAACCCUGAUGAAUCAGCAAAACUCUUUAUUUCUAUGAGUGAUGUUUAAAAACAUUGAUAUUGAUCAAAAGUGUAGAUUUCCUAUCAUCUUAUCUUUUUAAUGGGAAUUCUAUUCGAAUUGGUGCUGCGUCUGCAGUCAUGCGGGUGUUGUGGUGAAGAGAGAGCUGAGCCAGAAGGCGAAGCUCUCGAUUUACCAGUAGAUCUAUGUUUCUACCCUCACCUAUGGUCACGAGCUUUGGGUAGUGACAAAAAAAAAAAAAACAAGAUCGUGGAUACAAGCGGCCAAAAAGAGUUUUCUCCAUAGGAUAGCUUGGCUCUCCCUUAGAGAAAGGGUGAGAAGCUCGGUCAUCCGGGAGGGGCUCGGAGUAGAUCCGCCGCUCCUCCACAUCGAGAGGAGCCAGUUGAGAUGGCUCAAGCAUCUGGUCAGGAUACCUUCUGGACGCCUCCCUGGGAAGGCACGUCCAGCAUGGAGGAGGCCUAAAGGGAGACCCAGGACAUGUUGGAGGGACUAGGUCUCUCACCUGGUCAAGGAACACCUCGGGAUUCCCCGGAAAAGCUGGCCCAAGUGACUAGGGAGAGGGAAGUCUGGGCCUCCCAAAUUAGGCCCCCGCGACCCGACUCCGGAUAAGCGGAGGAAAAUGAAUGGACGGAUGGGAAUUCUACAUUUUAACACCAGCGAUUAAAAUCAGUUUAAUCCUUCUUUUUAACAUGGUGUCUGAAAUCACUGAUCACAGAUUCAAUAUUUCAUGUGUGGCAAGAGAAUUGGAAAUCUGAUUCAAGCAUGUUGCAACAGCUUGUUCAAGGAACCACUUCUGCAAGUUAAUUAGCUUUGAUAACUUUCACUUUCUCUCUCGACUUCAAUGAUUAAUUGUUCUAGUAAUUAAUGUUUAGUGAUAGUAGAUUAUUUACAUCUAGAGAGAAAAGCUUUCUUGCACGAUAGCCAGCUACCUGACAGCUGACAUCUAAGUGUCUAAAACUUGUCUCUGUGUUGAAAUGCAAGAGAUAAGACCUUUUAGACAAUUGUUUUAAAUAAUGCAUUUAAAACAAAAAUCCCAAAAUAAUCCACACAGUUGAAGACAAUGACUUUUAAAUCUGAAACACAGAGACGUGUUUGAUGGAUGAGCAAAACCUGACAUAUAGAAACACAUCUGAAACAUCAGCAGGGUCCUACAACCUUCAUGUGGAACACUGGCAGAAGUUGCGUUAAAGUCGAUUUUGUUGCUGUAAUCUCAUGUGAGUGUAUUGCAGAUGUGGCGGGCAUGGAUUUUGGAGAAUAAAUCUUUCGUGAUACUUAAAGAUCUAUAUUCCUCUUUUUUCUUUGUGUAACGCAAAUCUGGACCCAGAUUGCUGUUCAAAUUAGCUCUACUCAAAAUAGCCAGCAACUAGCUGCAGCAUGUUUCUUAAUUCUCAGCCGCAGUUAGUCAAAUCAUGGUUAAAACUGCAUCAAAGCCGUCAGUCCACAAUUAGGAGCCUAGGCAGUCUGUUGCUUUGGCUGGCUCUGACUUGUCGUGAAACUGCAAGCUGUGAGAGUGUCAUCCACAUAUGGCAGUCACUGACUUUUCUAACACAAGUCGAAAAACAGCUUUGAGUUUGUUAGAUUGUUAUUUAUAGUCUGUUUAUCCUCAGGACCAUCAGGCUUAGUGAGAAUAAACAGGAAGUUCAUAACAAAACACAACAUAAAA